CUUAUCUUCAGAUGCACAAAUAGUUUGGGGCCUGUUUGGAAUGUUACCGUGCCAUUGAAAUUGAGGGUAAUUAUACAAUUUUUAUAUGUUUUUCUUAUCAACUAAUAAUUGUUUAGUCUUUUUUGGUCCAUUCUUAUCUCCAUUGCAGUGAAGCGGAAAAACUUUACCUACUCCGAAAAAUGGUUCAGAGACUUACAUGUCGAAAGAGGUACAGUUAUGCCACCAAAUCCAAUCAACAUAGGGUUAUCAAAACUCCUGGUGGAAUGCUAAUUUACCAGACCACCAAGAAGAGAGCCAGUGGUCCUAAAUAUCCAAUUACUGGGAAGGGAAUCCAGGGGAUUUCACACUUGAGACCUGCUGAAUACAAGAGAUCCAGAUUGCAUAGAAACCGCAGGACUGUGAAUCGUGCGUAUGGAGGUGUGCUGUCUGGACGUGCCGGAAGGGAGAGAAUCAUUCGGGCCUUCUUGGUUGAAGAACAAAAAAUUGUGAAGAAGGCGUUGAAGAUUCAGAAGGCAAAGGAAAUCUAGCCUCAAAGUAGAUAGACUGAAGUCUCUGUCAAUUCUAUUAUGAUUUCAGAUAACUUAGCUUUGAUGACGAUGAAGAUGUGUGAAAGAACAUGUUGAAAUGCAAGUACCACAUUU